AGUAAGCAUGCCGGGAGCGCUCAGGGCAGCGCGGCAGGCUCUGCCCCAUUAGCCCGGGGUGUCUGGGAGGGACUCAGCCAUGAAUUCCUCCCCCACCAUCCCCGGAGACCCCCGCGGCCCUCUGCAGCUCUGGCAGGAGGAGAACCAGACUCAAGGUGGGCUUUGGAAUGGGAGUCAGGAGCUGGGCUGGGAAGAACUGGAGAAGAUGCUCUUCCUCUUCGUGAAGGAGCCAGUUACCAUCAGCCUCACAGCAAUGUACCUGGUGUCCUUUGUGGUGGGCUUCGUGGGCAACAUCAUGUCCAUCAGGGUGCUCACCCAGAAGCGCCAGAGUCGGGCAUCCAGCUUGAGUGCCACCCGCAGCCUCCUCAUCAAUCUGGCGGUGUGUGACCUCAUGGUGGUGUGUGUCUGCAUGCCCAUCACUGUGGGCAACCUCAUCUACAAAGCCUGGGUGUAUGGGGACUUCCUCUGCCGGGCAGUGCCCUUCAUCCAGGCAGUUUCUGUCUCGGCCAGCGUUCUCAGUCUGACCGUCAUCAGCGUGAACCGGUACUACAGCGUGCACAAUCCACUCAACGCCCGGUCUUUCUUCACCCAGAAGAGGAUCCUCAGCACUAUCCUGGUGGUGUGGUUGUUGUCCUCAGGGAUAUGCAUGCCCCUCAUCUUCAUGAAUAAACGUGAUGAGAUUGGGGUGGUUGAGGGCUUGCCUCUGGUGUUUUCCAUCUGCAGGGAGAUUUGGCCCCAGGAGAGGCUCAAGCAAGCCUACAACUUCCUGCUCUUCUGUGCCCUCUACUGCCUGCCGGUCCUGUUCAACAUGGUCAUUUGCUUCCUGACGGUGCGCCGGCUGUGGAGCCGCAGCAGUCAGCUGAAGGAGAGCACUGCCCUGAACCGAUCCCUGCCAGCCUCCAGGCUGAAGAUCCGGAAGAAGGUAGCGCAGAUGGUGGUGGCCUUGGUCCUCCUGUUUGCAAUCUCCUGGCUGCCUGUCUACCUGAUGGACAUCUGGAUUGAUUUCAACAUCCCUAAGUCUUUGCAGGAUGUGACUCCUUCUCCUUGGAUCCUGCAGCUCAGACCUUUUGCCCAGUGGCUUGGCCUCACCAAUUCCAGUCUCAACCCUAUAUGCUACUGCUUUGUUGGGAACCUCUACAGGUCAGCCAAGGAAAUGAAGAGCAAAUACCACCAAAGGAUGGUGUCUCUCUUUAACUUCUCUCUGUCUGAAGGGACAGCCCGCUCCUCUGUCCCAGAGCUGCUCUCCUACCAGACUUCAACCGAGCCUGCAAGGAAAAGAUCCUCCACCAACCCCACCACAGGCAGGCCAUGUCAAGGAGGUCAUGGCCUUAAGAACAAGUGUGGAUGCUUGAACACCUGCCAGCAUCCACCUCUGAACACUGUCUCUAGUGAGAACACUUCCUUGUAAUUCUGCUCAUGAAGUGAACCUCAUACCCUCCUCUACAUUUAAAGACUCUCUGGAGGCCUUUCUGACCAGACAUGCUAAUGAUAGAAAAAGCCCCUUUCUUCUGAUCACUCCCACCACCAGUUCAAAACUGCUGAGACAGGGAAAGAAGGAAGAGAGAAAAAGAUGAAGUAUUUUAACUCAGAUCAAGUUUUAAGACAAAAUGUUUUUACUGAGGACAACUGGAUGUGUAGCCUGUUGCCCAGUCAACAGUCAGGUAAUUAGAUAGAUCAACUUCCCAGCAGUGAGCUCUCCCUGCAGCUCCAUCUCUGAAUGCAGAGAUGCCGUUUGAAUACAGCAACAAUUUGACUGCUUGCUGCUGCUCACCCUGUGCUGAUGAAGAGCAGUGAUAAGAGGCACUCCCUGCUCCAAAUCCAUCCAUUGUAGUUUGCAAGCAGUGAAGAAAUGCUAGAAACAGCAUCGUGGAAAGUAAUGCUAGUGGAGAAUUCCACACACUUUACCACUUGAGAUUUCUUUGUCUGAUCUUAUUGUUUCACUCCUCCAUGCAAAUAAAUUCUCCUUAUGUGAAGAGACAGUGGCAGAAGUCCUAAAACAGCCAUUGCCACCAGCACGUUUGGGAAUUCUGAGGGGAUAAUAUGGCCUCAGAUGUGAUUUAGGAAAUGCAAUAGGAAAAUAUUCCUUGGGCAUCAUCUCUCUUUCUUGCAGCCAUGUUCCUGCAGGCAGAGUAGAAAGAGCUGGACACUUGUUAGUGUGAUUUGCAAUUGUAAAACCAGCCUUUGUUCAGCUGUGUCUGUACCAAACGAAGUCAAUGGUAUGUGAAAAUAAAAAUAGAAAGUGGUUUGGAGCUAAUAGAAUCAGAGUCAGCUAAUGCAAUGCUAUUUG